AGAAGAACCUGCAAGUCCGCCGGAAUUACGCGACGUCGCCGGAACCGACGGGUCUCUUUUCUGCUCGGAUAACCGUUUCGUUCUCUUGGAUUUUUCCAAUCUUUACUCGUACGUAUUUCAAGGAAUCUCCAAACGCAACCAAUGGUGUGACACAACCCAACCGCAACAACCGUUUAACUUUCAAGACAUGGACCCGAGCAUGUUAUCUUACGCGGCUUACUUGAGUGGCGCCACUCCGUUCGUGCCUCCCACUUUCGGCUUUAGUCAAGCCGGCGGGUGGCAACCUUCACAACAACAAGCCGAACCCGAUGUCAAUGUCGUGCAGGAGACGCAACCCGAACCGGUGCCAGAGAAAUCGAAACGCGGCAGAAGGUCGCAUAAGAAGAAGGAAGCGAACAAACCUCGACGUAAAAAUACUUACCUUAAUUGGACGAAGGAGGAGGAAUACACGUUGGCUCGGUCGUGGCUCGAGGUUUCGGAGGACCCCGAAAUUGCAAACUUUCAAACGGGCCACGUUUUUUGGGAUAGAGUUCGUGCAUCUUUUGGGAUACGUGGGGUAAAGGCGAGCAUCGGGACAAAGAUUCCAUUUCUAGCAAAUGGACCGACAUCAACAACAAGUGUCACUCCUUCCAAGAAGUGUAACAACGUAACUACGAUAAUCACCCGAGCGGAGAAGGUGACGUCGGGGUUUUAACGAAGUCUUUGGAAGAGUACAAGAGAACGAAAUGCCCUUUCUCGUACUAUAAGUGUUGGGAUCUACUACAAAAAAGUCCAAAGUGGGCGGUAGUAGGUACCAUGAUGUCUAGUAGUAGACGUCGAGCUAAACGGUCAAAAACAUCAUCCUCCGUUGACCCUGAAACACCGACAUCGGAUACCCGCAAUAUGGAUCUAAAUGAGGUGGUGGACGUUGACGAGGAACUUGAAGAAGAGUUGACCCGACCGCCCGGUAGAAGAAAGGAUAAGCGAACCGGGAAAAAAACGGUGGAGUCGUCUUCCGAUCUCGAGUUGAAGGAAGAUUUCGAGGAGAUGAACCGUCGUCUCCAAGACAUUCGCGACCUCGGCCACCAACGUUGUGAGAUUAUGAAAGAACGAGUGGCCGAAACCAAAAAGUUUAACGAGACGCAAGAGGCGAGGCAAAUGGAAAAGGACAUUGAGUUUUUGUCCAAACCGAUCGACCAUCUCCAAGGCGACGCGUUGAUCCUUGCGCAAAUGCAUCGCCAAAAAAUUCGGGAAAAAUAUAGACUCUAGAUCAUCAUCCUUUUUUUUAACUUUAUUUUUUUUCGGUUUUUUUAUAUUCUGUUUUU